CUUUAUUUUACUAGGUUUACUGUGUAAUAUGUCUUCCAGUUUGAGAUUGUAUGCAUCAAGAGCAAUUUUAAGGAGCAUUCAGAGAUGCUAUCACAAUGAUACUGUCAACAUCAUUGGUACUUCACCAGAUAAAAACUCUCCUGAAUAUCAGGACAAUGCAGCACGGAUGUCCAAGCUUGUAUCAGAGUUACGGGAUAAGGUAGCAAAGAUUGCAGAUGGGGGAGGAGAGAAGGCAGUUGCACGGCAUGUCAGUAAAGGUAAGCUGGUGGCCCGAGACAGGAUAGACGUUUUAUUGGACCCCAGCACUCCGUUCCUCGAGCUCUCCCAGCUUGCUGGCUAUGACAUGUACGGCAGCGAGGAGGUGCCAGCAGGCGGCAUCAUCACUGGCAUUGGCAGGGUCAGAGGGACUGAGUGCGUGAUCGUAGCCAACGACGCGACAGUGAAGGGCGGCAGCUACUACCCCAUCACCGUCAAGAAGCACCUCAGGGCCCAGGAAAUAGCAUUAGAGAAUAACCUGCCCUGCAUUUACCUGGUGGACUCUGGCGGGGCUAAUCUCCCCAGACAGGCCGAGGUGUUCCCUGACAGGGACCAUUUCGGCAGGAUAUUCUUCAACCAAGCCACCAUGUCGGCUAAGGGAAUUGCUCAGAUCGCUGUGGUGCUGGGGUCGUGCACGGCGGGAGGCGCGUAUGUGCCCGCCAUGUCGGACGAGUCCAUCAUCGUGCGGCGGCAGGGCACCAUCUUCCUGGCGGGGCCGCCGCUCGUGGCCGCCGCCACCGGCGAGCAGAUCUCGGCCGAGGACCUCGGCGGGGCAGACCUCCACUGCAGGACGUCAGGCGUGACUGACCACUACGCCGUGGACGACACGCACGCCCUGCACCUGGCGAGGCGGGUCGUGGGCACCCUCAACAGGAACACCGCCCUGCAGCCGCCGGUGGCUGUAGAGGAGCCGGUGCACGCAGCAGAGGAGCUCUACGGCAUCAUCGGGGACAACCUCAAGAAAGUCUUCGACGUGAGGGAGGUCAUCGCAAGGGUCUUGGAUGGCUCGCAGUUUGACGAGUUUAAACAAAUGUACGGGGAGACGCUGGUGUGCGGGUUCGGGCGGCUGUUCGGUCACCGCGUGGGGGUGGUCGGCAACAACGGCGUCCUCUUCUCAGAGUCUGCACUCAAAGGCACACACUUCAUCCAGCUCUGCUGCCAGCGCAACAUCCCUCUCAUAUUCCUACAAAAUAUCACAGGGUUCAUGGUGGGGCGGGACGCGGAGGCGGGCGGCAUCGCUAAGAACGGAGCCAAGAUGGUGACGGCCGUGUCCUGCGCCAAGGUGCCUAAGCUGACCGUCAUCAUCGGAGGGUCAUACGGCGCCGGCAACUACGGCAUGUGUGGCCGUGCUUACGGGCCGCGCUUCCUGUUCAUGUGGCCGAACGCGCGCAUCAGCGUGAUGGGGGGCGAGCAGGCGGCGGGGGUCCUGGCGCAGAUCACGCGUGACCAGCGCCUCAGGGAGGGCAAGCAGUUCAGCGCCGAAGAAGAAGCGGCGCUGAAGGCUCCCAUCAUCGAGCGGUUUGAGCACGAGGGCUCGCCGUACUACUCGAGCGCCCGCCUGUGGGACGACGGCGUCAUCGAUCCCGCGGACACGCGUCCCGUGCUGGGCAUGGCGCUCUGUGCCGCCCUCAACGCCCCCCUGCCGCCCACGCGCUACGGCGUCUUCAGGAUGUAAUGGCGCCCUCAACGCCCCCCUGCCGCCGACGCGCUACGGCGUCUUCAGGAUGUAACGGCGCCCGCAACGCCCCCCUGCCGCCCACGCGCUACGGCGUCUUCAGGAUGUAACGUCGCCCUCAACGCCCCCCUGCCGCCCACGCGCUACGGCGUCUUCAGGAUGUAACGGCGCCCUCAACGCCCCCCUGCCGCCCACGCGCUUCUACAUCUUCAGGAUGUAGAAGCCCUAAUUGUAGCUCCGGAAAUUUGCCGACUGGACUCGCACUUCACUGCCGCAAGCAAAUAAAUUUUAGUAAUUUACAUGCGUUGAAUGUCGGAAAAAAGUUUGGCAAUGCCAUAUGGUUAUAAAUUAUUUUUAUUUUAUAUUUUAAGGAAUAUUUAUGUUCAUGUUUACGUUUCUGAUCAUACUAAAUUUUAUGCUGUUCCAUAGGCUAGUCAAGUGUGUUGUCUUCUAUGGGGAACCUCUCUCUGCCCAAGUCGUUUUCCGUGGUUUGAAUCCAUCCUACUGAUAGAAUAUCGUUCCCUUUAUGUUCGUGCAAGUUGACUCUAUGGAUUCAAUUGUUAUUUUAUGCAUUUAAUAAUUAAAUGGACCUGUGAAAUUUUCAAAUAACCACAAGGAUGGCACGCCUCGCGCAGCUCUGAGACCACAGCUUGUUUGCAAGUAUGGCGAGGAAGACAUGACAUACUUCUUAACUUGUACAAUAAUUGUGAAUAGCUCGUGCUUCGAUUUUAGUAAAGCUUCUGUGAUAGAAUUUAGUAGGCAUGUUUGUAUAAUGUUGAAACUAAUAAAAAUGUAAUUAAUCAUUAAAAUUGAAUUUUUCUGUGUAAA